CACAUUCAUUCUGUGACAUCGAUUUCCAAGAUCAUCUCUCGCCAUGUCUACUCUCUUUCUUUUGCUUCUCAUCUGUCUUUCUUUGCAUGCAUGCAAUGCUCGCUUUCUUCGCCUUACUGAUAAGGAAACCAAAAAACAAGUCCUGAACAAGGUUUUGGUGCAAGAUGUCGAUAAACUGAAUAUCAAUAGAACUACUUUAGCUCCAUCGGAGAUGAUGCCUCCAGUUUCAGAGGAGCAAGGAGCACAAGGACAACAAGUAGUUGGAAGAGAUGAAACAAUUACUCGUAAGAUCAGUUUACUUAGUGCAACCACUAUGAAAAAGAAAGAUGAAGAAGCUUUUAUGAAGCAAGAAGAAGGCACAAAAGGAGCAACUUCAGGAAAUAAAGUUAUCGUAUCUUCACAGGCUGAUUUGCAACAGUCGUCUAAAAUAAUAAUAGAGGGAUUGAAGGGGCGAGGACGAUCUAUGCUAGGAUCAACAGCAAAUGAUACCGAGGAAGCUGUGCGAUCUGAGGAAAAUGACAUUGCCGAGGAUGUAGCUGUCAUGGAUUAUGCACAACCCCAUCGGAAACCACCCAUCCACAAUAAAAAACCCUAGACCAGUAUAUAUUGUGAUAAUACAUGUACUUAUAAACCCAGCUCCUCCAAAUUUCUGUUUAAUGGAAGAUGAUCAUAUUUCCAAGA